AUCACAUUUCUUAUUUCGCACAUCAAUGUGGCGGACACUUCACAAAGCACUUCCGCCAGAAGUUGAGACUACAGCUGCCACGUCCUAAAGUCCAAUAAACAAAUACCGUCGGUCGUCGGGAGCUUCUGAACCUCGACUGAUGGAAGGAUGAGUGUUAUAUCUAUGGAAUCAAUACAAGAUGUCUCUAGCAGUGACACGAAACUGCCGAAUGUGUCUCAGUUCAAAGAAAUGUACGUUGCGCGCGUCCGACAUAUCGUAAAAAAUAUCAGCUGGCAUCCGUGAUCGAUGAACACUUGGAUGUUUAUAUACGUAUGUCUGUAAUAGGACGAAAACUGGAGUAGUUAUAACUGUGUUCUGGGAGUCACAUUGUAGAUUGUUGAUGCAGACUUUUGCUAUUACGAAGUUCAAUUAUAACUCGUAUCAUCCUUUUUUAUUAGAUUACAUCGACCAGCGGGCGGUAAACACGUCGUGUCACCAAAGAGUGAUUUACACGAGUCUCUGACAAUAAUACACGGACUAGUAUAUAUAUAUAUAAAGUGAUUUUAUAAUAUGUAGAGAGCCAACAACUUAAAAAGAACAAUUUUGAUACGACCACCUAGUUCGUUAACAUACACCGACCUCAUCUUGAUUUCAUUUGGGCAGUGAUGUAAGACCGAUCAAUAUUUCUAGAGCCACCAGACCCUGUGAAGGUCACUGCUUCGGAAAUAUCUUCACUUGACGAUCCGUGUACACUAAUGUUUGCACGACCACAAUCCCAUAUUCUACACUGCGUGUUCAUAAGUUUACUGUAGUGUUGCAAUAUUGUUUUUCAAUACAACCCCUACAUGUUUCUGCUCUGAGACGCCAUUUGUCGAGUUGACCACGGAAAUCGUUUGAGACGACCCAGAUAUUCUGCACUUGAACGCCAUAUCUAGUAACGAGUAGCGAGGACAUUGGAUUAAUCAAAGGUAUAGCCUUACGCGGGCACAUAAUCCACGACUAGAUUCAUUUGGAGUAUAGCGGAGCUGUACACAGCCUUACACGACCAGGGAUACUGCACCAGCUGUGUACACGGACAUGAACGCACACUAACGAGACGAUGGUAUACGAGACACCCCGUUCUUCCCGUUCGGAGUCCCCCGUGGCCCCUUAUCCCGGGUUCGACAUUGACGGGACUCGCCUCUUCCCAACUCCUAUACCCAGAGUCACGUGGCAGGGAGAACCAAACGCAAUCAAAAACCGCGGUACAAUUGGAAAGUGGGUGUUCGAUUAUUAUGCAGGAAAGUACGACUCGCCUCGGCCGGAAGCAAGAUGUCCGACUCCGGCGGCGAAAGAUAAUCUUGACCACGGCCGAAACGGGACGGUCGCACGACUAUUGAGAGAUUCAAACACCGCCCGACCCUCUACUGCUCCUCCAAGGAUCAAAUCCGAAGCAGAAUCUAUUGCAAGCCUUAGUCGAGGUAAGCGUAUGAAAGUUAUCGUGCAGAAGUAUGCCCAGUCGGCACCAAGUCCCAGAGUUCCAAGAGUUAAACCGGAAGCAGAAGAUCAUGCUCAAGUUCAUAAAGGAGGACGAAUGGACAAACUGGUUCACAGUUAUGGAUGUGUCACUCCGUCACCUCGUCCUGUUCCCAGAGUAAAAUCGGAAGCAGAGGGCAUAUCAGAUCUCAGCAAAGGAAAGAGGAUGAAUAUAAUCGUUCACGAUUACGGUCGACUUCAGGUAACAACACGUGAUAAAGCAGUACCCCGGGUUAAACCGGAAGGGGAAGAUAAUGCAGAUUUGGACCGCGGUAAGCGAAUGGAUAGGAUUGUUCACAGCUAUGGACGUGAUCCGCCUGAUCGGGAAAUACCAAGGGUGAAACAAGAAGGUGAUCCAAACUACAAACUCGAUAUGGGUAAGCGCAUGUGCACUUUAAUGCAUGACGUCAAGAAAUACCCGACGUCACCAUGCCACGUACCACGUGUUCGAUCUACGGAGGCAUCAACCAUCUUACGGAAGAGCCGGGGUCAAAUGGCACACGUGCUACGCCAGUCAGGUCAGCGCAUGUGCAUUCACAAACCCGGCGUCCAGAAACAUAUGUUCGAACGACCAAAUUCAAAAAUGAUGUGAUUGACCAAAAGUGUGUUAUUAUUCAUUAUAUAAGACCACAAAAAGUGAUCAUUUGUUUGUUCCAAGGAUUUUAAGAAAAGGAGAGAGAGAAAGAGAGAAAUGUGAAUAAUAUGUUCUAGGUAUAUCAGGAUUCUUCCUGAUACAGAUCAACCGAUAAACAUAUUUUUUUAAAUGCCGAAUGUUUUAUAACCUGGAAAGUUACAGACGGUGCCACAGUCCAAGUAUCUUCUGACUUUACCACCAUGCCAGACAGACAAUAUAUGUAAGAUAUAUGAUAAAGGCAAGACAGACAAUAUCUGUAAGAUAUAUGAUAAAGGCCAGACAUACUGGUUUCCUGAUCUGACCACAGAAGGGUAUAUAUGUAACGGGAUAUAAUAAAAAGGGAGCUAACUGUUCCCUUACCUGGGAUUAUUAUAUCAACAGCAAAAGGUUAACCGGAUAUAAGGGCGAAGGAUGAGAAACUGUUCCAUGACCUGAUGGCAGUAGGACAGGAUCUAUCCUCGAUACUCCAGGGGUUACGCCCACUUACGCUCUCUGCACAAAGAUCUGAGUGUGACGGUGUCGUAACCCCUAGAGUAUCGAUGCUAUGGCGGAGUGUCGAGUAUCGUUCGCGUCCAAUAGAGUUAUGGCCCGUGAAUCACUUUAUCCGGGGAGUUGCUAUAUGUUGUAUAUUUUGUGACUUUCUUGGGAUAUCGGAGUGUCACGUAUCUUAAUUAGGUCUCCUCUCGUACUGAUACAGAGUUAUGGCCCUAUUUUACUGCUCAUUUUGUCCGGGCUACAUAUCAUAUACUACUUCUCAUAAAACUACUAAAUUCUGUAUUCGAAUGCCUCUUGGGAUGACCUUGAAUGUAGCGUACUAAAUUUGGGUGUUGUGUCCGUGUCCAACAAUAUACAGAGUUAUGGCCCUUAAUUACUGUGCAUCUCGUUGACAGUAAACAUUUAAUUCUUUGUCAACUACAAUGGACAAUUUUUGAGAGGGUCCCUUGGAAUGGCGGGUUUUGCAGCAAAUUACAUAUAAAGUAAUGAGCCUGUGGACGUUUCGGUAGUUCAAAGGUUGGUUCUAGUUAAUCGAUAAAUAGGGAAAAUUUAGUUUUUAUAAGGACAACAAAAAUGAGAACAUCAAACAUUUCACUGCCGAAGAUUUGUUGAGACAGAUCAUAUUGAUGUGUUUUGUCUCCUCACUAACUAUUGGUUGAAGUUUAAAUUGACCAACCUUUGAGCAGCCGGGAGGUUCAGUGGACAGGCCAGAAGAUACUCGGACUGCUUCGCAAUGAUUUAAAAGGUUAUAAAACUUUGCUAGGCACAUGAUUUAUAUCGUUUCGAGGAACUGAUAUGAUACAAAUUACUUCUGUUAUUUAAGAAACCAUUCUCAUACUUGCUCAUAAGAGGGUCCUACCAGAUCAGUGUAAGCCGGUCCAGGAGCCCCGCUUUGUGAUAUACGUUUAUAUAUUGAGCUGUUGUUAUUUAUGUAUUUAUUAUAGUAUUGUUAAUGUUUUUAUUGUUACCUGGUAUCAGCAUUAGGACAUACUAACACUUAUGUCAGGUGUUAUUAUGUUUAACAUUUGUAGCGUUUUAAGUUUUUACUUGAGUGAUGAAUUCCAUCCUUGAUAUUCGACGGGUAACGUUCGCUUUCGCUCUGAGUGAGCGUAACCCCAGGAGUACAGAGGACGGGUGAGUACAUACGCACGCGUCAAAUAUAGCCAAGACAGUCGAUUUUAGAUAUAGGAUCAACAUACUUUAUACAAAAAUCAAAUGUUCAUUUACUUCUCUACUAGUUUAUCAAAAACGCAUUUCAGUUGAACCAUUAAAUGCCUCAUACACAUUUCUGAACUUCCAUUCAAACCACAUGCACGGGGGCAAGGCACACACUAACUCCCUAACGUUAUAUCACAGGGGGCAAGGCACAUAUUAACCCACUAACGUUAUAUCACAGGGGCAAGGCACACACUACCCCCUAACGUUAUAUCACAGGGGCAAGGCACACACUAACCCCUAACGUUAUAUCACAGGGGCAAGGCACACGCUACCCCCCUAACGUUAUAUCACAGGGGCAAGCCACACACUACCCCCCUAACGAUAUAUCACAGGGGCAAGGCACACACUAACCCCCUAACGUUAUAUCACAGGGGGCAAGGCACACACUAACCCCCUAACGUUAUAUCACAGGGGCAAGGCACACACUACCCCCUAGCGUUAUAGCACAGGGGCAAGGCACACACUAACCCCCUAACGUUAUAUCACAAGGGGCAAGGCACACACUUACCCCCUAACGUUAUAUGCUUAUAUUGUGACACUAUGUAAGCAUACAGGGAGUGGGGGUUAGUAUGUGCCUUGUCCUCGUGAUUCAAACUGAUUUGUUGGUAGACCGUCAUGGAUGGAUCCUGUGUUCAGUAGACCACGGCAAUUAAGGGUCCCUGUCCCAUUGCAGGCAAUCACUAGAGAGUUCCACUGGAGUUUCUUUUGAAACAUACAGUAACCUCCCCUUAACUUCGUUUCGGUUCUUACUGUUCCACGACUGAAACAAGUUCAGUUGGUUAGAGCGACAGUUCAAUGGCCGAAAGUCCAGGGUUCGAAUCCUGGUUUCGUCGCUUAUAAGAGUUCUAAAAACAGUUUCUAAUAAACAGUUACGAUUUUUGGCACUGUUAUUGGGAUCCUUAACGAAACACAGUCACGUAUUAACAGUAUACGACACAUUCCUACAGUUCUUUAAGUCUGCUAAAGAACUGUUUAAAAUUCGUCUAUUUUCAUCAGAACCGAUGUUACAUUCCAUUUUAAUUUUGGAGUACUUCAAAUGAUUCCAGAACAAAAAUACUAAGACUUGCUAGGUUCUCUUAAGACUGGAUAGAUGAGUCCCAGCUAAAAAGUAAUGGAUACAGUUAACAAUUUCCACCCGUCCGUCUCACGCCGUCGUCAUCCCUCUACACCACAUUCAUCAUCGUCAAUUUAAUACGACGAUUUUUGACACAUUUUCAGCACACUAAUACCUGAACGAGUUCGCGUUUCAGGAUCACAAAUACAAGGUUAAGGUCACAAAGAAGAUCCUGUCUUCAGGCUCGUUUCCCCCUGCAUUUAAUAAACUCUGUAUGAGUAUUCCUAACAGAAAUACCAUUAACGAGCACACGUGGUGGAGUCGUAACACAAACAAGACGGACGGAGUGUGCGGCCAUUGGGACGAUGUCACCACAACCAUAUAACACAAUAAACGUUUAAGCAUUAAUUAUGCUUACUUUAGUUUUGAAAUGCAAGUUGCAGAAAUGGGUAUAUGGUUCAAUUAGAACUUAAAGUAUCCCAAAAUCAACCCUGCUGGACAUCUUUGAAGGUUGACAUUUUUGUGAGUGCAAGCAGCAUUGGUCACGUAAGCAAAUUAAAUAAGAUUACACUAUUUCAAUAAAGAAGUAUUAUACUGAUAUUGUUAUUGAGAUUAACUAACGGUAUUUUCUAUCUUUAAAUGCUUUAAGCCAUACCCAUAACUUAAAAACCGCAUGUUUCAAUGCAUUUAACGUCCUAAACUCAUUUUUCCAGCUUAGUACCAAUAAUUUACAGUCGUGUUUUUCCGCCUUCUGCUGUGCAUGUAGCUCAUGGGUAGGUUGGUAGGUAAACUGCCUUUAAAAAUCAGGUAAUUAUUAGCACAUAGAUAUUGCUUCAGACGUUAACAGUGACAGAACAAAAUCAAAGGUAUCACUGUGUACGAAAGGGUACUUUCACAGGGGCGUGUCACUCUCAGAUCUGUAGCGACACAUGGGCGUGGCACUAUCACGUGUGUAGCGACACAGGGGCGUGUUACUCUCAGAUCUGUAGCGACACAUGGGCGUGGCACUAUCAGGUAUGUAGCGACACAGGGACGAGGCACUCUCAGGCCUGUAGCGGCACUGGUGUGUUGCAAAAAUCCCCACUCAGCGCUGGGUACUAGCACAGGGGCGUGGCACAUUGCAAGGUCUGUACCGGCACAGGGGCGUGGCAGAGAUCCCCAACCCACGGUCCGUAUCUACAGAUCAUCGACCGGUGCUGUUAAUGUAUUGUGAUAUGUUGUUUUACUGAUGAUAGACGUUGCAUCUUUUAUUGCUUGUUG